UAAUUAUUUGCUCUGUUCUUGGACAAAGAAUUACAAAAUACUACUUGAAUCCUUUUAGAAUGAUAUUAACAAAACACAUUUGAUGCCCGGAAAUUAACUCUUAUCUUCAAAUUGAGGUAAAAAUUUUGGGAACUAAGGACUGCCAUCCAAAGGAAUAUCGUAACAACUGCCGAAUUCUAAAGACAAUCAUUCCCUUUUCCAUAAUAAUAUACACUUAUAUAACACUCUUUUUAAACCUCAUGUGAGGCUUCCAUGAUUUUGCAGUUGAUUGACACAAAUCUGACACUGGUAGUGACGGAGUUCCUGAGACAUGGCAGACUCGCAGCCCAUAUUGGAAGAUGUGGCAAGAGCAAUUGGUAGGGUCAGCUACGAUACUACAGGUCAAUUACUAUCACCAAGUAAGGAAAUACAAGCCUUCUAUCUGUCUCAAAAUCAAUUAAUAGAUACUGAUCUUUACGUUUCUUUGCUCAGGAGAGCAGGCUCGCUACACCCUUGGUUGGACAGACCUUGCGAAGAAAUACAGCCAACCCUUGGGGAAAUUUGCAUCUGUCGAUCAUCUGAUACUAGGUAAUAAUGGAAAAAGUGGAUUAACACCGCGGAGAAAUAUUUCGAAACCUGGAAAACGUGGAAGGAGGCGCAGUUGGAAGAAAAUUUUGGAUGACCUAGAUACAUAUCAGAGAAAGAGAUUAAAUGGCUUCACGGCACUUGAUCUUCAUGGCAUGCAAGCUUUGGCGGCUUUGGACACAAAUGUUUCCCUUCAUAGUCUUGAGAAUCCUAUUCAUCCUUGUUUUGAGAGAAGCAGAUGGGUGGUAGAGGAUUGCAUGCCGAAACAUAAGGGGGCAAUACCAAUUCUUGGGAAACAUGAAGGAUUUUGGGUGGUAAGUAUAUGCGGGCAUAAGAAGUUCAAAUUUCCUCAGGUUAAAUCCCAUAUUUGGUGUAGGCUAACGCUCCCUCUAUACUAGGCGAAUAAUCCUGUUGUCUGGGACCUAUUGAAACCUUGCUUACAGGUAGCAACACUGAUGUUGCAUAACGAAUGCAAAUAUUCCUGGUAUGUGCCAUCCAACUUCAACAACAAUAUUUCCGGGCUGAUUAGGUUGUUAGGCUAGACGCACUCCUCAACGGCCGAUAUGAAGAUGUACCCAACAGCCCCGAAGGAAUGAAACUGCAACGGUUCUUCUCAAGGGCCCAUAGUGAAAGGAUCCACCACUCUUUUGCUCGACACCUUGAAACACUAAUCCGUAAUUUAACAUCUAAGGUUAUGUUUGGAUUUCACAGUGGAUAUGAGGAUGUUGCAACUGGACUGCCUUGUUCUCGUACAAGCCGCAAUGCAAUAACAAGGAAUCAUACAGUAUAUGAUAGAAUCGAGGUGUUAAUUUCUACAGAGCUGGCGCAGCCUCUAUUAAGAGACGACUUGACGGAUGCUGAGAAGUAUGUUGUUUGGCCAUGGGAAUAGUUCACGUGUUGAUCUGUUCACAGGAUGGGAAAUCGGUUGAGAAUCGGUACAACACUGGUUCAUGAGUUUGCGGUAAGUAAGCUUGCGGAUUUAGCUACUCAGUAACUCAGUAACUGAGGCUUCUAUUCUAAUCUAUAUUGCGAGCUAGCAUGCCUUAAGGAGAUCCAUCAUUAAUGGGGAAGAGGUUUGCAAUGACAAAGUGACCAAGGGGGAGAAUGAGCCUUAUUUUGAAGAUGAGCCUCUCGCAGAGCUAGGAUAUUCUUUCAUUGAGAAUUUAAGCCCCCAUAUACAAGGAAAAAGCCCGGAAUGCUAACGUCAGAAACAGAUCUGGGGAGGUCAGCCCACACCUCUCAUCACUCAGGUAUAUAAUCGCGGUGGCCCUGGGCUUCCUAAUCUUGGUAUCAUCAAAACCAGCUGGUUUACCGACAAAAAUAAAUCCUACCAAACAUCAAGGAAUGCCCCUCCAUUGAAUCUCAAACCAAAGAGAGGUCGGGUUGAUGAGUUUCACACAUAUGAUUAUUGGCCCGUGCCAACACAAUGGUACAAAACUCUCUUUACUGAAGGUUUUUGGGAAAAUGUUAGAGAAUUUGGUCCGGAAGCUAAAAAGAUGGGAACAGAGAAAUUGGGAAUGAGAUUCCUCUCAGAAGACCAUCCUGACGCAAAAAGCCGGGUAGAUGAUAGCGGUAUUAACAUUGGCGGUGGAUGGUCGUAUGGACCACCCCAGACAAGGAGCCAAACCGAGAGGUCCAGAAUGAAGAACAGACUAUCAGAGACACUCACUAGACAAUAUGAUGUAAGGAAGGCUGAAAACUACACAAAUCCUCCCGUAAUCACGUACUCUUGUCCUAGGUGGGACGACAUCGUCGAAUACUUAUUCGGCAAUCGUGGACCAUUAGACCUGGCAUUAGAUAGUAUGGGAAUUCUCUCUGAACCAACUUUCUUCCGGUAUAUUAGAGACCAUGGAUGUAUCAAUCUUACACCGAUGGAGUUUCGAAGCUUCCUGGGUGUCGCUAAUGAGAGGCAAGAGUUGUUUUCGUAAGUUCUAAAAUGCUUUGUAUUGCUAUGAUAAGUUUAUGGUCAGAUGGUUAUGAUUAACCUAUGCCCUCCUAGAUGGGAACCAUUUCCAGGGUUUGGGACAGUGAAACGUAUCCCAACAGGAUGGCCGCCUUCCAGUUCUGUAUCUUCUACAUUUUGGACGUCACUUAUUAGUGAGGCAGACGAAGACAACAUGGAAACUUUGGAUAACCUCAUGUCCGACCAAUCAGUCCAAGAAGCACUUUACGAGUAUUGUGGUGAGUGUAGGGACUUAGAUAUGGAAACUUUUAGAAUGUGGCUAGUUCAUCGAUUUGGAGCGGAGGAGUUUGACGGCGAGGAUGCGGAUGAAGAUUUUCGGAAUGUGAUUCUGGAGAGUGUUCGACAAGGCGGUACAUACUUCACGUAAGUUACAACUCGUAUCUGAAGAAAGUAAACAAGGUUAAGCUGAGAUUUGUUGCUUUUAGAUUGCUCUUGCUAACAAACAUGGGAUAAUUAGGCUUGGCCCAAAAAAUAUUGUUCGGUUUACAUACCCCAUUGAAGGUUUUAGGGAGCAAAAAGCAGAUAUAUUUACGAAGGAGAGAAUGAAAAUAUUGGAAGAGAGAGCAGACAGGGUUGCGCAAAAGGCAGGGUAUAUCCGGGGUAACCUGGGGUAAAUCUGGCCGAAAAUCUAUCUUAUUGAAGCUUUAUGCAGUCCUCAUCACUCAACCACAUACAAAUUUCAGCUUUUGUAGGUCUUGAUUAUA